UGUCAAGAAUUGAACGAAACCUUGUGACUUAUUAAUGUCAUUAAUAAAAAAAAUCGAUAUCUGUUUUCUACUAAGGUCGGAAAAAUUAUUUUAAAAAAUCUUUACCUUAGAAUAUUAAAGGUUAAGCCUGCAACAAAUGUCCUGCUAAACCCAGUAAGCUUUAUCAGCACUCAAUAAUUAGAGAAAAAUAGUAUAAUGGUUAGUAGCAAUUUGGUAGUUCCGGUUGUAUUGUGGGGUUCUUCAGCCCCUACACACUGUGUUUCAAGCAUAUUUUUGUCGAAUGAUCAAACAACACUUGCCACAGGAUGCUAUGAUGGUCAAAUAUGUUUGUGGAAAAUCGAACCUUCAACAUUUAAAAUGAUUCCAAGAUUAUUAUUAGUUGGUCACUCAUCACCAGUACUAUGCUUGACAAAUGCAUCUGAAUCAUCCGAGUAUGAUUAUAUUGUCAGUUCUUCUGAAAAUGGGGAAAUGUGUACUUGGGAUUUGGUCGAUGGACGUUGUUCUGAAAGCGUCAAAUUGUCGCAAGUACAUACACAUAUUCAAAGUUACCAAAUGGCUAAUUGUAACGAUUUGAGGUUAUUUUGUAUUGGUUAUUAUGCCGAAAUAUUAGUAAUAGAUCCAUUUAGUUUGGAGGUUCUUUUUUCUCUUAGUUCAAAAGUUAAACCCGAUUGGAUUUCAGCUUUACAUGUUUUGAGGCCAUCUAAAAGGAAAGACGAUGUUGUUUUAGCCAUUACCACAACGGGCACGGUAAAAGUUUGGACUUUGCUAGGUAAUGAAAACAAAUACUCUGAACCAAUAUAUGAAAAUGAAUCUAAAAUAAUUCGAUGUUUGAAUGCCAUCACUCUAAAAUGUUGCUCCCAAAAUCAACGAACAGUUCUAAUAGUGUGUACAAAAUAUUGGCAAGUAUAUGAUGCAGGCGAUUUUACUGUAUUGUGCAGUGUAAACGCACCGGCAGGAUGUAGAUGGCAAGGGGGAGAUUUUAUCUCCAAAGAUCGUGUUAUUUUAUGGUCAGAUGAUGGAAAAGGAUAUGUAUUCAAGUUGCCUUUAAACUGCAUACCUGACAAUAAAGAAUUUCAUUCAAAGUCGGCAACUCAAGACGAACCAUAUUUAUACUGCGUUCUUACAACAAGUUUUAGCAAAACGUUAUCAUGUCCACCAGCGAUGAUAUUUAUACAAUUGCAAAAAGCAAAUGAGAAAAACGUUUGCUAUCUAUUGCGAGGCGAUUCUGAAGGUUUUGUGACUGUGUGGACGGUUCCUGAAAUUUCUUUAACUGAAAUAUUAAAAAUGCAAUCAACAAAAUUGGAACCAAAAUUAAACAAAUACGCAAUUUGUACAAGUCUAAUUGAGGCUUGGUCUCUAAUGCGGCCUCCUCCAAUUGGUAUAUUAGAUCAAAUUGAACAUAUAACUGAAGAAUGUGUUAAGCUAACAGCAAGCGUAUAUUUGCCACCUCAAUCACGAUUGGUUGUAGGAAGAGAAGAUGGAACAAUAAUAAUAGUACCCGCAACUCAAACUGUAAUGUUACAACUUUUAUAUGGUACUGAAAAAUCGAGUUAUUGGCCAAGGCACCAAGUUUUGUCGGGGCAUAAUGGGAGAGUUAAUUGCUUGUUAUGUCCAUCGCUGAUCCAUUCACGGUAUGACAAAAAUUACUUACUUUCUGGUGGAAUCGAUUUCGCUGUGUGCUUAUGGGAUUUGUAUAGUGGGAGCCUCAUUCAUAGAUUUUGUGUACAUGCUGGAGAAAUAACUCAACUUUUAGUUCCGCCAAGUAAUUGCAGUCUUAGGGUUCAAAAAUGUAUAUGUUCGGUUGCGUCAGAUCAUUCAGUUACACUUUUGAGUUUGCAAGAGCGUAAAUGUAUAUGUUUAGCUAGUCGUCAUCUUUUUCCUGUAAUGACAAUAAAGUGGAGGCCUUCGGACGAUUUUUUAAUUGUGGGUUGCUCAGACGGUACUGCUUAUGUUUGGCAAAUGGAAACUGGCCAUUUAGACAGAGUUUUGCACGGAAUGUUAGCUGAAGAAGUUUUAUCCGCAUGUGAUGAAACUUCUGUUGAAGAAACAACAUCAAUGAACCCUACAUCUGAUGUUGGAUUAGCAAACCCUGCAGUUCAUUUCUUUCGAGGUCUGAGGCAUCGGAAUAUGCAAGCAAUACGCCAUGCAACUCAGCGGGGUAUCCAUCAAUUACAAAUGUUGCAUGGUCAUAAUAAUAAUGACAGUUCAUUUUUAUUAAAAUGUCGUAGUAGUCCAUUGUUGAUACAAGGUCUGCGUACAAAUCCUAAGGAUGCUGAAAGUCACAUUUUAUUUUUUGAUAUUGAUGGUUUAAUUUUUGAAUUGCAUAGUGAGGAGUACGCAACUUUAACACCAACAGCUCUAGAGGCUCAAGGCUUAGUUGUGCCUAAUAUUGAACACGAAUCGCAUGUUGGAGAUCAAGCGGCUAGAAAAUUGACAGAUUUUUUUGGAAAAGUUAAAACAAAAGCUGGUGAAUUAGCUGUAAAAGAUAAAGACAGACAUGGUAUAUUUGCAAAAGUAAAAGAAGGAGCAGAAAAGUUUGAAAAAAACAUACAAGCUAUUCAAAAAAAUUUGGAAACAAAUAAAGACAAUAACGAUUCAAAAAAAAUUAUUUCUAAAAUGGAGGCUACUCACGUUAUGGAGGUAGCGCAACUUUUGUUAUCUUUAUUGCAUUCUUGGGGUUUGGAUCCCCAUUUAGAUAAGGUUUGUGAAACACAAUUGGGAUUGAUAAGACCUGUAGUUCCCUUAUGUUUUGGUAUACUUUCUAAAGGAGGAUAUAUGUCAUUUGUAUUGCCAACAUGGCAAAAUGAUCCACUCGUGAAUACCAGAAGCUUCAAUGAAAAUCAGCCAUCAGAAAUUGUUGAUUUGAAAGAAGACGCAGUUGUUCGUCAGAAAAAAUUGACAGAAUUAUUUACACGUAAACUUCACUGGGAGCUUAGUACGACACUGACAUCAAAUCAUAUGCUUGCCAUGGUGGCUAUGUCAAAUACGCUGAUGUCUAUGAAAUCUGCCUCGUUUAUAUCGGAUUCUGAAAACAUAAAACUUUUAAGAAAUCAUUCUAAUAAAAACUGUGUGCAAUUGUGGAACAGUAAUGAAGAACAUGAUGAAAUUGUGUCGCAUCAUCAAAUGCAAAUUAAACAAAGUUGGAGUUUGUUAUCUACACAUCAUUGCCUAUGUUUACCGGAUAAAUUAGAAACAACAGAACCGAAAAAUUUUAAGCGACCACAAGUCGAAGCAAUGACGAAGCGAUGGCAACAUCACUGUAUCGAAAUAAGAGAGGCGGCUCAACAAAUUUUGUUAGGUGAAUUGAACCGUAUGGGCAAAAAAGGUAGGAAGGUUUUGGUAGAACAUUGGGCGCAGUAUUUACCUUUAUACACUCAUACUGAACCAAUAGCUCAAACUAAUAUCACUGCUCAAAAUCAGCAUAGCACUCCAAAUAUUGACGAAAUAGAUAAUAGUCUGGGAAAUGAGGAAGAAUAUGAAGAAGAGGAGGAAGAGGAAGAAAUAAUUCGAAAACCUUCCAGUAUAGCUGAAUUGAAAAGAAAACAAACAACUGCUGUUAUAUUAUUAGGAGUAAUAGGAGCUGAAUUUGGUCAAGAUAUUUCACAAGAUAGUCCAAAUUAUAAAAGUCGUACACAAGAUCAACGUAGGAAAUCUUCUGUUGUUGAAGGCUUUGGGAUUUCUAAUAAUAAUUUAGCAAGGUUAACAUCUAUGGCAUUAACCCAUUUACUUUUAGCUCCUGCAACACCUAAACUUCCAGCACAUACGCCACUAAGGCGCGCUGCCAUUGACUUAAUAGGGCGAGGCUUUACUGUAUGGGAGCCACAUUUAGAUGUUUGCAAAGUUCUACUUGGUUUGCUUGAAAUAUCUUGCGAUUCUGGAAAACUUGUUCCUAAUUUAAAUUAUAAAUUACCCUUGACACCACAAGCAGAUGCUUGUCGCACAGCUCGUAACGCUUUACGAUUAAUUGCUACUGCACGACCAGCAGGUUUCAUAACUACAAUGGCUAGAGAAGUUGCUCGUUAUAAUACUUUGCAACAAAAUGCUCAAGCAAUUAAUGUUCAGUUAGCACAUUCAGUAUUACAUAAAGCGAAAAAAGAGAUUUUACAAUGUGUUGAAAUGCUAAUUGAUAAAAUGCAAAUUGAGAUGUCGAACUUGUUAGUAGAGGUAAUGGACAUUACUUUGCAUUGUAUUGACUCGUCUGAAUUGAAGAAUCGCCCUCUCAAUGAACUAUGUCCGGCUUUGUGUAAAUUCAAUCAAAUAUCACAUUGUCAUGCUUCAAGACGCAUUUCUGUUGGUGCAAGUAAUGGUCAUUUAGCUAUAUAUGAGCUGAGACAAAAUAAAUGCCAAAUGAUACCAGCUCAUACUCAUCCAAUAACAGCUUUAAGCUUCAGUCCAGAUGGCAAGUUUUUGGUUAGUUAUUCUUGUGCUGAAAACCGUUUAUCAUUUUGGCAAACAAGUACAGGUAUGUUCGGUUUAGGCCAAUCACAAACAAAGUGCAUUAAGGGCUAUUCGACAGCGCCUAUACCGGAUGUGGCUAGAUUAAAUCCGAUACGUCUCGCAAAACUUAUAUGGAUAAAUAAUCGUACCGUUACUUUAAUGCUAGCAGACGGUUCAGAAACUAGAUUUAAUGUUUAAAAAAUAAAAGCUUCUAAAGCGAAAAAUGUAAAGCAGAAAAACAAUGAAUCGAAAAUGUUUAUAUAAACUUUCUGAAGUAGCACGGUAUUGCUUUCCAUAAAAGUGAAAAGAUUAAGAUAAAAUAAUAAUCAGCAUUUUGUUCUAAAAUGUAUUGAACAAAUAUAAAAAAAAGUUAGUAUUUAAAAUACAAAAAGUUUGAAUUCCUUGUAAAAUUUCUACAUUUAACAAUAAAUAAAACAUUAUGUGACGUUUUGUAGCCUGUUUAAUGGCUGGUGCUCUAGAGUUAAUUUAUGUAGUACUAUACAUAAUUCUUUAAUAACUAUAUAAUCCCCAAGUUGGGGUAGCAUAUUUUCAAAAGAUUACUCUGGGCUUAUAUAUACAUACAUAUGGAUAUACAUCAUGCAUUGUAUAUUUUAAACAACAGCCCAUAUUUUUGAAUUUGAAUAAAUCGUUAAAAAGGUAAUUGUUACCCAUGUAUGUAUUUAUUUCAGUGAAGGAAGUCAUUCUAAUAAAGCCAUUUAUUUUGUAUUUUUGUGCUUUUUACUCCCACAAUUACCGAAACUCGAAUUUCGCUAAUUGUGUCGGUAUAAUUGGAAAGUAAUUGAUACAACAUCGAUGCAAAAUCAUGAUUUGAUGUCCAAAAAUGUAAAAAGCAACGCAUCAAAUGCGUAUCAUAUUGCAUCAGCUGUGCAUCAAUUUUUUUCUUUUGUCAAAUCAAUAAUCGAAAUUAAAAAAAUUUUCAUUUUUUUUAUAGAUUUUCAAUUUUUCAAUCAAAGUACAUAAUUAUAUCUACCAAAAAGUAGUUCAAAUAUGUGUUUACAUCACACUAAUGCAAUCACUCACUAAUAUUUGUAUACCAAAAAUUCCCUUAGCUAAAAGAAUUAAGCAGUAUACCCUAUUAUUUUCAUUUUUAUACACAACAAUUUUUGGGAGAGGGAAAGAUUACGCAAUAGAUGUCUACCUGUUUUUUUAUGACGUAUUUUUAAAAGCGGGAGUUAUUUAUUUUUUCGUAUAUAAAGUAUAGGAAAAAAUAUUAAGAAUUUGAAAAGCGGAAUUUAUUCCCCUACAGUUUGCAGAAAUGGUGUAUCCAUAUUAUAAAAGCGAAGCGAUUUAAAAACAAAAUUUGACUAUUAGAAUAAAAAUAAAUUAAUUUGAAAAAGACAAAUAAUAUUAAAAAAAAUUUAAAAUUAGUAAUUAUCAUUACAUUUAUUGUAAUUUAAACUAUGAAUUUUUUAUUUUUGUUUCAAUUUUGCUUUAAAAAUUUAAAACAAAUAUUUCUAAUGAAUAUACAUACAUACAGACGUCGACGGUUACUUUCAUGCAUUCGAAUGUUUUUACCUACCUUUUAUGAAAUGAAAAAUAAAUUUUGUUGUUAUCAAAAUAAAAAUAACAAAAUUUUUUCCUAACUUAAUUUAAUUUUAUUUCAGUUUGAUGUUUUUGAUACAUUCAUUUGUUUACGAUAUCUUGUUUCUUUCUUGCCUACACAACUCUUAUUACCAUCUAUUUAAAAAGAAAAAUGGAAUAUUUUAAGACUAGAUUUACUUUGUUGAAAACUAUGUACAUACAUAAAUAUACAAUUUUAAAAAACUUAAAAAAAAAUUUAAAUAAAAAAUAUUCAAUUAACGAAAUCAUUAUUAAACCUUAAAUAAAAUCAAAUAAAAAUAAUAAAAAAAAAGUAGUAAAAAAUGGUUAUAAUAUUAAAUUUCAUAUGUAUUAAAAUGACUCAAACGGCUUUCGUUUCUUAUCACAAGCAGGAAGAUUAUUGAACAUACUUAAUCCAUGUAUCAAUUAUUUGAAAAUUUCAAUAAUUUUAAAAUAAACGCCAAAUAACAUUACAUAUUUGGAAAGUAUCCACAAGUGUCAAAAUAAUAUUACAUUAGCAAAGUAAGCGCAUAACAUAGGAAUAGCAUCAGCAAUUUUUUUUUGCAUCGAUUCACAUUUUUGAUUACUUUCCGAUUACAUCUUAUUUUUUGAUUCCACACUACUGGAUUCGAAGCAAUUCAAAGCAAAUUCAUAUUUGUAUAUGUAUAAAUUAAUAAAAUUAUCAUAUUGUUACAAGAUUG